AGGUGUUGUUUGACGAAGCUACGUGUCCCGUGCGGAACGUUCGCGCGCGCGGUUGUUCUCGUUGUGUGCGAGAGUGCCGGUCAAUCGUGUUUAUUCACAUCGCGAAGAAGUAACCGCUGAGUGUGAGGUGCAGGUGCGUGUUUCGUUCAUCGGAGCGACUAAAAAGGGACGCAUCGGAGUCGUAUCGCGGCGCUAAAAGGCCAGCAUGGAUUCCGUGUGGGUCCGAGACCCCGACGAGGGUUUCAUUUUGGGCAAUGUGGCCGAAUGGUUCGCCGAUGGGGCCGAGGUUGUACCGCAGGAUCGGAAAAAUAAAAAACGCGUUGCCGGUUUUGAUGACAUCUAUCAAGCUGGGGACCAUUCUAAGCAAUAUGAAGAUAAUUGCGAAAUGAUGUUCCUUAAUGAAGCGUCCUUGCUUAAUAAUAUUAAAAAAUGUUAUUACAGCAAUAAGAUCUACACUUUUGUAGCCAACAUUUUAAUAGCCGUGAAUCCGUACAAAGAGAUUGCUGAAUUGUAUACAUCUAAGACAAUCAAAAAUUAUCAGGGCAAAUCACUGGGAGAAAUGCCGCCGCAUGUAUUCGCCAUUGCUGACAAAGCAUUGCGUGACAUGCGCGUGAUCAAAAAGUCACAGUCGAUCAUUGUUUCCGGGGAAUCGGGAGCUGGUAAAACUGAGUCGACUAAACACCUGCUGCGUUAUUUGUGUGAAAGUUGGGGAUCUAAGGCCGGGCCAAUUGAACAAAAAAUCCUGGAUGCUAAUCCAGUGUUAGAAGCGUUUGGUAACGCCAAAACUACGCGUAACAACAACAGUUCCCGUUUUGGUAAAUUCAUCGAGGUGCAUUUUGAUAAGAACUUCCAAGUUGUCGGAGGGCAUAUUUCGCACUAUUUGCUGGAGAAGAGCAGAAUUUGUAGUCCUGGUGCCGAGGAGCGUAGUUACCAUGUUUUCUAUCGAUUGAUGGCGGGUGCUCCUGAAUCUCUGCGUCAGUCUUUAAAUCUUACCCAACCGGAUGACUUUAAUUAUCUACGAAAUGGUUGCACACAAUAUUUUUCAAAUUCGGCAACUGAGAAGAAACUAGCUGCAAAUCAAAAGAGUAAAUUGCACUCCACUAAAGGAUGCCUCAAUGACACCCUUUUGAAUGAUUACGAAGACUUCCAAAGCCUGCACGAUGCUUUAGGUCGCAUUGGACUAACAGACGAAGAGCGUAUCCAAAUCUACGCUAAUGUCGCAGCUGUCCUGCAUUUGGGUAACAUAGAAUUCGAAGAUGACCCUGAAGACACCCGAGGUGGGUGCAGCAUUACUGCCAACAGCGAAAAAUCGUUACACACGGCGUCGAAACUUCUGGGAAUCGAUUCUAGCGAACUAAAGCAAGCGCUUGUGUCAAGGGUGAUGCAAAGUGCUCGUGGUGGUUUCAAAGGCACUGUCAUCAUGGUGCCACUAAAAAUUCACGAAGCACGUAGUGCAAGAGACGCACUGGCUAAAGCAUUGUACAGCAAACUUUUCGACUAUAUUGUUUUGCGUAUCAACAAAAGUAUUCCGUUCCAAGCAUCCAGCUACUACGUCGGCGUGUUGGACAUUGCUGGAUUCGAAUUCUUUACGGUGAACAGCUUCGAGCAGUUUUGCAUUAAUUACUGCAAUGAGAAGCUUCAAGAGUUUUUCAAUGAGACCAUCUUAAAGUUUGAGCAGCAGUUAUACAAAAGAGAGGGUUUGAAUGUGCCUGAAAUUAAGUUCGUUGACAACCAAGACUGCAUUGAUAUCAUUGAAACUAAAAAUAAGGGUAUCUUCAAUCUUUUGGAUGAGGAAUCCAAGCUGCCGAAGCCAGUUUUCACGCAUUUUACUUCCGAGGUUCAUGCGCAGUGGCCUAAUCAUUUCCGGUUGGCCUUGCCACGGUCUUCCCGAUUGAAAGCCCACAGGAAUAUUAGAGAUGAUGAAGGAUUUGUGAUCAGGCAUUUUGCUGGAGCUGUCUGUUACCAGACAAAUCAUUUCAUUGAUAAAAACAAUGAUGCUUUGCACGCUUCACUUGAAGGCAUCGUCCAGGAAAGUUCCAACAAGUUUAUUAAAUCACUGUUUGCCAAUGCUGAAUCACAGAAAGGAAAACUGAGCUUCAUUAGUGUAGGCAGCAAGUUUAAAACACAACUUGCUGAAUUAAUGGAAAAGCUAAGAAACAAUGGCACCAAUUUUAUUCGUUGCAUAAAGCCAAAUUCAAAAAUGGUUGAUCAACAGUUCGAUGGACCGUUGAGUUUGAUGCAGCUGAAAUGUUCCGGCAUGACGAGCGUUCUGCAGCUGAUGGAACAUGGUUACCCAAGUAGAACGCCUUUUAAUGAAUUGUACUCCAUGUACGAAAGCUUUUUACCAAAAGAAUUGAAAGCACUUCCACCAAAAACAUUCUGCGAGGCAAUGUUGCACAGUUUAAAUCUACACGAGAAAGACUACAAGUUUGGUGUCACACGCGUGUUCUUCCGGCCUGGAAAGUUUUCAGAGUUUGAUAAAAUAAUGCGUAGUGAUCCAGAAAAUUUGAAAUCCAUCAUUGCUAAAGUGAAGAAGUGGCUCGUCAGAUCACGCUGGAUCAAAUCACAAUUUGCCGCGCUCACGGUCAUUAAACUGAAGAACAAAAUUUUGUAUAGACGACAUGCAUUGGUAACUAUUCAGAAAACUGUGCGUGGCUACUUGGUAAAGAAGAAACACCAGCCAAGGAUCAAAGCGUUGCGUAACAUGAGAGGCCUGGAUGCUCGUGUAAAACAACUUGAGUCAAUCACCGCACAAUUGAAAAACAAGGAAAGCAGUGUACAAGAGAUCAGCGCUUUGAAGGUUGAGAUUAAGACAAAUAUGGAGAAAAUGCGAAAGGAUCCUAAUUCAGCUGCUUAUGCUGAUACAAUGUACGCCCAAUUGAUUGCCAAAGUCAACAAACAAAUGGCAUCCUUGGAGAAGAAGGUGCAAGAGCAAAAGAACGCUGAAGAACAAGAACGUUUACGCAAGAUUCAAGCAGAGAUUGAACGCGAGAAGAAACGCAAAGAAGAAGAACAGCGUAAACAACGCGAGGAAGAAGAAAACCGCAAGAAGAAACAGGAAAUGGAAGCAAAGCGAAAGAAGGAAGAAGAUGAACGUCGUAAACAAGAAGACCUUGACCGAAAGGCUGCCAUGGUUUUACAAGCCCAGCAGGAAUCAGAAGAUCGUCAAUAUCAGGAGCAACUUGAACAAGAACGUCAAGAUCACGAAUUGGCGCUGCGAUUGGCCCAAGAGAACAACGAGAACUUGGAAGAUAGUCCUCCAUUGUCACGCAACGGCAGCGUGGAUCCAAACCGGAAUAUACAUAAGCUCGUCAGAUGUGAGGCUGUGAGAAAUCAACAAAACCAAUUGAGCAAGUCCAAGUACGACUUAUCCCGUUGGAAAUAUUCGGAAUUACGUGACGCUAUCAACACUUCCUGUGAUAUUGAACUUUUGGAGGCAUGCAGGCACGAAUUCCAUCGCCGUUUGAAAGUGUACCAUGCAUGGAAAGCAAAGAAGAACAAGAAGUCCAUCAUGGACGAAAACGAUCGUGCCCCACGAUCGGUCCAAGCUGCCGAGAAAAUGCCGCGUGGACCAACGAAAACUAUUGCAAAUGAGAAUGGCCAGCGCUAUUUUAAAAUCCCAUUCACUCGCCCAGCUACAAUUCAAGCUGAUGCCCAGCAGGAAGGUAAGAAAGGCUGGUGGUACGCCCAUUUUGAUGGAGAAUUUGUCGCUAGACAAAUGGAGCUACAUGCAGAAAAGGCGGCUGUACUGCUGGUUGCCGGAAAGGACGAUAUGCAAAUGUGUGAAUUAUCCUUAACUGAAACUGGGCUGACAAGACGAAGAGGUGCGGAGAUUUUGGAGAACGAGUUUAACAGAGAAUGGAUUAAACACGGUGGUGAAAACUACAUUCGUCCUGCUGACAGGAAACAAUAAAUAAGAAAAUAUUACAGAUUAUAUUGAGGCAAUUUAUAUAGCAGCGCUAUAUAUUUAUUUUCAUAACUUAUAUUAUUGCAUUACUUAAGGGGGCUAUAUUAAUAAAGUUAGUUGUUGAAAUAU